AGAAAAUGUCAAAAUAUACUUUUUUGUUCUUCACAUUUGCAAACUUGUAAACAUAAAGUCUUUUCCUAACUUAUGCAUAGAUCUCUAGAAAAAAGAAAUAAAGUGAUGAAUAAAAUAAAAAGACCCAAAUCCUUACAGAAGCCACCACCGUUGGCAGGGCUCAGCCGAGAAACACUGGACAAUGAGCCGCAAAUUGAGUUGGAACUAUGUUGGUGUGUACAACAACUGGAAAACGCACUGAAUUCGGGGAAACUGUCACAAAAAAUUGCGGAUGACACCAUUAAGAAUAUAAGGGUGCUUAAAAGUGUAUCCGCACCGCUCGUCAAAAAGCGCCAGGUAAUGAAGGCUGCCUUAGGAGACUAUCGAGCAAAAAUGAAAGAGGAGGAAAAGAAGAUGGAAUUAGCUGCAAAACAAAUAAAAUUCACAGAAACUAUUGAAGCGAAUAAGAAGUCCAGCUUCCUGAAAAAGGCUGCCAUAAUACAAACGGGAAAAGAAUUUCGUUUCAAUUUCACUCCCUCAAAGAUAGACGAUGCUUCCGAAUCUGCUGAGAAUGAAGUCAAGGACACACAAACGGAAACCAAAAGCGAAAGUAGCUCCCUCAUUAAAGAUUUGAAUUUAAUUGGUGGCGGUUUUAAAUUCAACUUUGUUGUGGAAGAAAACAAUGACGAGUUAAAUCUGAAAGGAUUAUCAAUAAAAAGCUAAAAUUAAUGUAAUGAAUAAA